UUGGUCUCUGUGGGCAGCAUCAGGAGGAGGCAGCAGCAGCCGGAGAGGAGGGAGGUGUGCGAGGCACAUUCCACCAGAUAGCUCCUUGCCGCUGCUCUGCCUGGCACUGCCAGGCUCUCCCCACCAGCAUGGCUCUAAUUGUCCACCUCAAGACCGUCUUGGAGCUUCAGGGCAGAGGUGACCGGAUCGCCAAAGUGACUUUUCGAGGGCAGUCCUUCUACUCCCGGGUCCUGGAGAACUGUGAGGAUGUGGCUGACUUCGAUGAGACAUUCCGGUGGCCAGUGGCCAGCAGCAUUGACAGAAACGAGAUGCUGGAGAUUCAGGUUUUCAACUACAGCAAAGUCUUCAGCAACAAGCUAAUUGGGACCUUCCGCAUGGUGCUACAGAAGGUAGUGGAGGAGAACCGUGUGGAGGUGACCGACUCACUGAUCGAUGACAACAAUGCUAUCAUUAAGACCAGUCUAUGCAUGGAGGUCCAGUAUCAGGCCACAGAUGGUACAGUGGGCUCUUGGGAUGACGGGGACUUCCUGGGAGAAGAAUCUCUUCAGGAGGAGGAAAAGGAUAGCCAGGAGACAGAUGGACUGCUGCCUGGCUCCCACCCCAGCUCCCGAACACCUGGAGAGAAGAGCUUCCGCAGAGCCGGAAGGAGCGUGUUCUCUGCCAUGAAGCUCAGCAAGACCAGGACCCACAAAGAGGAGCCCCAAAGACAAGAUGAACCGGCAGUGCUGGAGAUGGAGGACCUGGACCCCCUGGCCAUUCGGCUCAGGGAUGGACUGGAUCCCGACUCCAUGUCUCUAGCCUCAAUCACUGCUCUCACCAGCAAUGUCUCCAAUAAGCGAUCUAAGCCAGACAUUAAGAUGGAGCCGAGUGCUGGGAGGCCCAUGGAUUAUCAGGUCAGCAUCACAGUAAUCGAGGCUCGGCAACUGGUGGGCUUGAACAUGGACCCUGUGGUAUGUGUGGAAGUGGGCGAUGACAAGAAAUACACGUCCAUGAAGGAGUCCACAAACUGUCCUUACUACAAUGAGUACUUCGUCUUCGACUUCCAUGUCUCUCCUGACAUCAUGUUCGACAAGAUCAUCAAGAUCUCGGUGAUCCAUUCCAAGAACCUGCUUCGCAGUGGCACCCUGGUGGGCUCCUUCAAAAUGGAUGUGGGGACUGUGUACUCCCAGCCUGAACACCAGUUCCAUCACAAGUGGGCCAUCCUGUCGGAUCCUGAUGACAUUUCUGCCGGGCUGAAGGGUUAUGUGAAGUGUGAUGUCGCUGUGGUUGGUAAGGGGGACAACAUUAAGACACCUCACAAGGCCAACGAGACAGAUGAAGAUGACAUUGAAGGGAACUUGUUGCUCCCUGAGGGAGUGCCUCCAGAACGCCAGUGGGCCCGGUUCUAUGUGAAAAUUUACCGUGCGGAGGGGCUGCCCCGGAUGAACACAAGCCUCAUGGCCAACGUGAAGAAGGCUUUCAUUGGCGAGAACAAGGACCUUGUUGACCCCUAUGUACAAGUCUUCUUUGCUGGCCAGAAGGGCAAAACAUCGGUGCAGAAAAGCAGCUAUGAGCCACUGUGGAAUGAGCAGGUUGUCUUUACAGACCUGUUCCCCCCACUCUGCAAACGCAUGAAAGUGCAGAUCCGGGACUCCGACAAGGUCAAUGAUGUGGCUAUCGGAACCCACUUCAUAGACCUACGCAAGAUUUCCAACGAUGGAGACAAAGGUUUCCUGCCCACACUGGGCCCAGCCUGGGUGAACAUGUACGGUUCCACACGCAACUACACACUGCUAGAUGAGCACCAAGACCUGAACGAAGGCCUGGGGGAGGGCGUGUCCUUUCGUGCCCGCCUCAUGCUGGGACUGGCUGUGGAGAUCCUGGACACUUCCAACCCUGAGCUCACCAGCUCCACGGAGGUGCAGGUGGAGCAGGCUACACCUGUCUCAGAGAGCUGUACAGGGAAAAUGGAAGAAUUCUUUCUAUUUGGAUCUUUCCUGGAGGCCUCAAUGAUCGACCGGAAAAAUGGAGACAAACCAAUCACCUUUGAGGUGACCAUAGGCAACUAUGGAAAUGAAGUCGAUGGCAUGUCACGACCCCAGCAGCCUCGGCCCCGGAAGGAGCCUGGGGAUGAGGAAGAAGUUGACCUGAUUCAGAACUCAAGUGAUGAUGAGGGUGAUGAAGGUGGAGACCUGGCUUCAGUGUCCUCUACCCCACCCACGCGGCCGCAGAUCACAGACAGGAACUACUUCCAUCUGCCCUACCUGGAACGCAAGCCCUGUAUCUACAUCAAGAGCUGGUGGCCUGACCAGCGCCGCCGUCUCUACAAUGCCAACAUCAUGGACCACAUUGCUGACAAGCUGGAGGAAGGCCUGAAUGACGUGCAGGAGAUGAUAAAAACAGAGAAGUCCUACCCCGAGCGCCGCCUGCGGGGUGUGCUGGAGGAACUCAGCUGUGGCUGCCACCGCUUUCUCUCCCUCACCGACAAGGACCAGGGCCACUCAUCCCGCACCAAGCUGGAUCGGGAGCGCCUCAAGUCCUGCAUGAGGGAGCUGGAGAGCAUGGGGCAGCAGGCCAAGAGCCUACGGGCUCAGGUAAAGCGACACACAGUACGAGACAAGCUGAGGCUGUGCCAGAACUUCCUGCAGAAGCUGCGCUUCCUGGCAGAUGAGCCCCAGCACAGCAUCCCAGAUGUGUUCAUCUGGAUGAUGAGCAACAACAAGCGCAUCGCCUAUGCCCGGGUGCCAUCCAAAGAUCUGCUCUUUUCCAUUGUAGAAGAGGAGCUGGGCAAGGACUGUGCCAAGGUCAAGACCCUCUUCCUCAAGUUGCCAGGGAAGAGGGGCUUCGGCUCUGCAGGCUGGACAGUACAGGCCAAGCUAGAGCUCUACCUGUGGCUGGGCCUCAGCAAACAGCGAAAGGACUUCCUGUGUGGCCUGCCCUGUGGCUUCGAGGAGGUUAAGGCAGCCCAAGGCCUGGGCCUACACUCCUUCCCACCCAUCAGCCUGGUCUACACCAAGAAGCAGGCCUUCCAGCUCCGAGCCCAUAUGUACCAGGCCCGAAGCCUCUUUGCUGCUGACAGCAGUGGGCUCUCUGAUCCCUUUGCCCGUGUCUUCUUCAUCAACCAGAGUCAGUGCACAGAGGUGCUGAAUGAGACAUUAUGUCCCACUUGGGACCAGAUGCUGGUAUUUGACAAUCUGGAGCUGUAUGGUGAAGCUCAUGAGUUGCGGGAUGAUCCCCCGAUCAUUGUCAUUGAAAUCUACGACCAGGAUACUAUGGGCAAAGCUGACUUCAUGGGCCGGACCUUUGCCAAGCCAUUGGUGAAGAUGGCAGAUGAGGCAUACUGCCCACCCCACUUCCCACCCCAGCUGGAGUACUACCAGAUCUACCGAGGCAAUGCCACAGCUGGAGACCUACUGGCUGCCUUUGAGCUACUACAGAUUGGACCAGCAGGGAAGGCUGACCUUCCACCCAUCAAUGGCCCAGUGGACAUGGACAGAGGGCCCAUCAUGCCUGUGCCUGUAGGAAUCCGACCAGUGCUCAGCAAGUACCGAGUGGAGGUGCUGUUUUGGGGCCUUCGAGACUUGAAGAGAGUGAACCUGGCCCAGGUAGACCGACCGCGGGUAGACAUCGAGUGUGCAGGGAAGGGAGUGCAGUCGUCCCUGAUUCACAAUUACAAGAAAAACCCCAACUUCAACACCUUGGUCAAAUGGUUUGAAGUGGACCUUCCAGAGAAUGAGCUACUUCACCCGCCCUUGAACAUCCGAGUAGUGGACUGCCGGGCCUUCGGCCGUUACACUCUGGUGGGUUCCCAUGCUGUCAGCUCCCUCCGGCAUUUCAUCUACCGACCCCCAGACCGCUCGGCCCACAACUGGAACACCACAGGGGAGGUCGUCAUGAGCAUGGAACCCGAGGUGCCCGUCAAGAAGCUGGAGACGAUGGUGAAGCUGGAUGCGACUUCCGAUGCUGUUGUCAAGGUGGAUGUGGCUGAGGAGGAGAAGGAGAGGAAGAAGAAGAAGAAAAAAGGCACCUCAGAAGAGCCAGAGGAAGAGGAGCCAGAUGAGAGCAUGCUGGACUGGUGGUCCAAGUACUUUGCUUCCAUCGACACCAUGAAGGAGCAACUUCGACAACAUGAAGCCUUUGGAAUUGACCUGGAAGAGAAGGAAGAAAUGGACAAUACUGAGGGCCUGAAGGGGCCAAUGAAGGGCAAAGAGAAGUCCAGGGCUGCAAAGGAGGAGAAAAAGAAGAGAAACCAGAGUCCUGGCCCUGGCCCUGGGCAUGGGUCAGAGGCCCCUGAGAAAAAGAAAGCCAAAAUUGAUGAGCUUAAGGUGUACCCCAAAGAGCUGGAGACAGAGUUCGACAACUUUGAGGACUGGCUGCACACCUUCAACUUGUUGCGGGGCAAGACAGGAGAUGAUGAGGAUGGCUCUACAGAGGAGGAACGCAUCGUGGGUCGGUUCAAGGGCUCCCUCUGCGUAUACAAAGUACCACUUCCAGAAGAUGUAUCCCGAGAAGCUGGCUAUGACCCCACCUACGGAAUGUUCCAGGGUAUCCCAAGCAAUGACCCUAUCAACGUGCUAGUCCGAGUUUAUGUGGUCCGGGCCACUGAUCUGCACCCAGCUGACAUCAACGGCAAGGCUGAUCCCUACAUUGCCAUCAAGCUAGGCAAGACCGAUAUCCGUGACAAGGAGAACUACAUCUCCAAGCAACUCAACCCUGUCUUUGGGAAGUCCUUUGAUAUUGAGGCCUCCUUCCCUAUGGAAUCCAUGCUGACUGUGGCUGUGUACGACUGGGAUCUGGUGGGCACUGAUGACCUCAUUGGAGAAACCAAGAUCGACCUGGAAAACCGCUUCUAUAGCAAACACCGGGCCACCUGCGGCAUUGCACAGACCUAUUCCAUACAUGGCUAUAAUAUCUGGAGGGACCCCAUGAAGCCCAGCCAGAUCCUGACCCGCCUCUGCAAAGAGGGCAAAGUGGAUGGCCCCCACUUUGGUCCCCAUGGGAGAGUAAAGGUUGCCAACUGUGUCUUCACUGGGCCCUCAGAGAUCGAAGAUGAGAAUGGUCAGAGGAAGCCCACAGAUGAGCAUGUGGCACUGUCUGCUCUGAGGCAUUGGGAAGACAUCCCCCGUGUGGGCUGCCGCCUGGUGCCUGAACAUGUGGAGACCAGGCCAUUGCUCAACCCCGACAAGCCAGGCAUUGAGCAGGGUCGUCUGGAGCUAUGGGUAGACAUGUUCCCCAUGGACAUGCCAGCUCCUGGGACACCUGUGGACAUCUCUCCCAGGAAGCCCAAGAAGUAUGAGUUGCGGGUCAUCGUGUGGAACACAGACGAGGUGGUCCUGGAAGAUGACGACUUCUUCACUGGGGAGAAGUCCAGUGAUAUUUUUGUGCGGGGGUGGCUCAAGGGCCAGCAGGAGGACAAGCAGGACACAGAUGUCCACUACCAUUCCCUCACUGGUGAGGGCAACUUUAACUGGCGCUACCUGUUCCCCUUCGACUACCUGGCGGCUGAGGAGAAAAUUGUCAUGUCCAAGAAGGAGUCUAUGUUCUCUUGGGAUGAGACAGAGUACAAGAUCCCUGCACGGCUCACACUACAGAUCUGGGAUGCUGACCACUUCUCUGCUGACGACUUCCUGGGGGCCAUCGAGCUGGACCUGAACCGGUUCCCACGGGGUGCCAAGACAGCCAAGCAAUGUACCAUGGAGAUGGCCACAGGGGAGGUGGACGUGCCCUUGGUUUCCAUCUUUAAACAGAAACGCGUGAAAGGCUGGUGGCCCCUCCUGGCCCGCAAUGAGAAUGAUGAGUUUGAGCUUACGGGCAAAGUAGAGGCAGAGCUACACUUACUAACAGCAGAGGAAGCAGAGAAGAAUCCAGUGGGCCUGGCCCGCAAUGAACCUGAUCCCCUAGAGAAACCCAACCGCCCUGACACAGCCUUCGUCUGGUUCCUGAAUCCACUUAAGUCCAUAAAGUACCUCAUUUGCACCCGGUACAAGUGGCUCAUCAUCAAGAUCGUGUUGGCGCUGCUGGGACUGCUCAUGCUGGCCCUCUUCCUCUAUAGCCUCCCGGGCUACAUGGUCAAGAAGCUCCUAGGUGCAUGAAGCCCUCCCAACACCCUGUACCUGUCCAGGGUCUGCUGUGUUUACCUUCCCUUGGCCUGGACUCUUUCCCAACUCCCUUAGGAGCCCCAAGAGCCCACCCCCACCAUGAAAGCUUUGGAUAAGGCACCUGCUUCCUGCUUGCUGGGCUGCCAUCCCCUCCCCUGAGACUGUUGCUUGCUUAGUCUUGCCCCAGUCCUGCCUAUAGGUUGGGAAGGGGUGAGGUCCAAGAGCAGGUCGCCUCUUGCCCCAUCUUGCUGAGGUACCACCUUCCUCAGUGCCCACUUCCAAUGAAAGUGGCCCCAAUCUUCCCUGGGGCCUUCCAAAUCUUGGUUUAAAACUCUAAGGAAAUUAGCCAAGGAACAUGGGCCAGUGCCCAAGGGUUUGAAAAGAAUGAACAAGCAGAAAGCACUACCACCCAUUUGCAACAGAAAUGCAGAGGCAGCACUGUUCUGCUUUGCCUGAGCCCCGAGGCUGAGGCAGCUGGCUGCUUUCUUGCACAUGUUCUCCUGGCUCUUCCUCCUUCCCACAGCCGGUUAGCAGGUGCAUAACCUGUGGGUUCCCAUCCUUCCCAGGGCCUCUGCCAGGGCCACUGUUGCCAGCCAGGACAGGAGCUCUGAAAAUGAACCCCAUGUCCGACCCUCCCUGGAGGCAGGCACAGUCAGAAGUCUACACUUAGAGUACUGUCCCCUGCUGCAUCUGGGAUUCUGUU